GCGACGACUCAGUAUCGAACCGGCUUUCUACAACAACGGAUUGGAAACGGAACAAAGGAAACCUGAAGCUCGACUAUAAUAUGUUUUGUCUGCUAGCCGAGGGCAUGCCAUUUUAGUCAGUGUUUAAUUGUGUGGAGAAGUGGACUAUAGAAUUUAUGCCGAAAACUAAAUUAAAUCAAAUUUGCGUCUCAGGCAUAUACGAAUGAAAUACGUGUUUUUUAUCUAACGACACCGUCGUUGUAUGUGAUAUUAAAUUGUGUCAUAAAACCAAAAGAAGAAAGAAAAAGAAAAAACCGAAAAUCUAAAAUCUAAAAUCUAAAAAGCUUCGGUGAUUAAAAAUUGUGUGUGGUGUGCUUUUAACAAAUUACAGUUGAAUUACGAGCGGGCCAUAAGUGACAAAAAAAAAAAAAAGUGAAGGGCCCACGGGGGUUGUUCCCGAGCAAGGAAAACUCAGUGGAAAAGCUGAUGUUAUUAAUAUUGUUGUUGUUGUUGUAGCUGCGUUGCGUGAGAAAAAUCAAUUUUGCAUUUGGGCUGCCAAGCGAGGCGGCAUUAGCGAAGCAGGACAAAAGGACAAGGCUGUGGCUAGCGAACCCAAAUGACAUUUUGGCCUAACGACAAGCGUAUUAGAAAACCGAUGCUAUCAUGGCCGAUAGCACAGAUCCAGGCAGGCAUAAGGAUCCAACCAUAGAUGCCGGCGCGAGCAUAGAUGUGGGAAAGGACGUGCCCCCAAUACCAGCUGUUCGACGGCGCCAUGCGCAUGAGCAGAAAACCACAGAGAAUGUCGAACAGCAGGAAGAGACUUCGGCAACCAAACAGCUGGAGACGUCCACAGUGACGCGUACGUAUAUGAAGACCAUUACCACGUCACUGACCACCUCCAGCAGUACCAGCGAUCUACAAUUGGGGACACCGCCGCAACGCCUCCGCCAGAAGGUGGCCCAAUACGAGAAGGUGUGGUCCGAUGGCACUGGCAAACGCCCGGCCGACCUGGGCACAGAUGAACUGCGGCAGCAGCAAAUGGACGAUUACGACGAAGAGAAUCCCUUCGAUAUCGAUGUGCAUGAAAUAGAGCGACGUUUGCGUGAGGAGCGACAACGUGGCCUGGCCGAAGCGGAGGCAGCCAAGCUGGCUUUCCAGCAGGUGCACCUGCGUCACACGACUCCGCGACGUGUCGAAGUGACCAGCGAGCACACGGCCAGUCCGUUCAAUGUCACCUUGAAGACCACCAGCCGCAUAAGUCCGGGCGCUGAGGUGGGCAAUGUGGAGGAUCAGCUGUCACCUUUCAAUGUCACCUUGCGCACCACGCGACGCACUGUGAAAAAGGAUUUGUCUCGUCAAAUGGAGCUGGAGCGUUUUCUGGACGGCGAGCGCACGGUGCGCGAAGUGCCAGCGGUGGAUGGCGUUCGCACCAUCAUUACCUCCUCGAGGACCAGUGAUGGUGGCUAUGCCGAAGAGAAAAUCUAUCGCCAUGGCGAGGGUUACGUCUCGCCGCGAGAUUCACCCUCCUGGUCACGUUCCAGUGUGUCCAGCGAGCGUUCGAGUGUCACUUCGCCGCACAGCGUCGAUAUGACCGCGGGUGGCCGACGUAUAUUAAUUAAAUUGGAGGAUGAGCUGGAGUCACCGCUAGCCGGCGGUGAACAGGGCGAGCAACACGAUGAAACUGAUGGUUCAGUCCGUGCACGCAUUCGUCAAUUUGGUGGACACGACGAGGAUGCUAUGGCAACGGGUAACAUUGACAUUACCGUGGGUAGCAACCCACGCCGGCGUCAGCGUUUGUACCAACAAACAACGUACCAAGUGGGUGGCAACGAAACGCCACAACAGCACCAGGAGCAACAGCAACGGCAACGAGCAAGCCGUCCCAGCGAACUGUCAUGGCAAACGGGAAAAUCAACAACAAAAACACUGCUAACAUCCACGCCGAUUGGCACGAAGGAGCAACCGCAAACAGUAACGCCGGACGAGGUGUUUAGUCCAGCUGCAACGUGCCAAUUGCGCGGUUCUUCGACGGAAGAAUCCCGAAAAAUUGUUAGCCACAAAACGAUAACCAGCACAACGACAACGACCACACAAUCUGAACGGUCCGAGCGGUCCUCCACGUCCUCAACGUCGCGUAAAUCAAUCGGUUUUAUUGACUCGAAUGCGAGUCCGAGUAACGCUGGCAAUAUCUCGUUUACCGCCUCGCAGAUACGCAUCAGCGACGACGCGAACGUCGACGUCAUCGAUAACGAUUCCGAUACUGAGGGCGUGCCGGCCAGCAGUCUUGUGAUUGUGUCCACGCCCACGCGCUCAACAACGCCCUCGUCGGCGCAUGCAUUGAGCGGCAUCGGUACUUUUAGCAAGAGUCUGCGUCAGGAUUAUCAGACUCAAGCGCAACAAAGUAACCGUAGCACCCACAUCAACGAACCCGAACACGAGUACCAGGAGUUCCAAUCCACCAUGGCGUCGAUCAAUUUCGCACGCAGUAAUUCCCAGUACGACAGCCACAUCAAGGAGAAACGAGAGGAGCAGGAACGUGUGCAGAAGAAGACAUUCACUAAUUGGAUUAAUUCAUACCUAUUGAAGCGUGUUCCACCGCUUCGUAUUGAUGAUUUAAUCAAUGAUUUACGCGAUGGCACGAAACUCAUUGCACUGCUCGAAGUGCUGUCCGGCGAGCGUUUGCCCGUGGAGAAGGGCCGCGUCCUGAGGCGUCCACAUUUCCUUAGCAAUGCGAAUACGGCUCUGCAAUUUCUAGCCAGCAAACGUAUCAAAUUAGUCAAUAUUAAUCCCGCAGAUCUGGUGGAUGGGAGACCACCAGUUGUGCUGGGUCUGAUAUGGACGAUUAUAUUGUACUUCCAGAUCGAGGAGAAUAGCCGCAACCUAGAAUAUUUGGGUCAUGGUAUUGGCGGUUCGGUUAGCUCGCUCGACAGUGUUGGCAAUCAUAAGGCUGGCGGUGAUCUUAGAGCUGAGAAAUGGAAGCAAGGUGCCAAGAAAACGCUACUCAAUUGGGUAACGAAUGCCUUGCCAAAAGACAGUGGUGUAGAGGUUAAGGAUUUCGGCGCUAGCUGGAGAGAUGGCGUCGCUUUCCUCGCACUCAUCGAUGCAAUUAAAGCGAAUCUGGUUAAUUUAGCUGAGCUAAAGAAGACCAGCAAUCGUCAGCGUUUGGAAACAGCUUUCGAUGUGGCCGAAAGCAAAUUGGGCAUUGCCAAAAUUUUGGACGCUGAGGAUGUGGACGUACCCAAACCGGAUGAAAAGAGUAUAAUGACAUAUGUGGCGCAAUUCUUGCACAAGUAUCCCGAACCAAAGGGUGCAUCCCGUGACGAGUCGCAUGUGCAACAAGAAGUGGACGAAUUGCGUCGUUUCCUGUUGGAGAAGACCACCGAAUACGAGCCGAUGGUCAUGAUGAGUUCGUUCCCACGUGAUUUUAGUGAAUAUCUGUUAGCACGUUCUGAAGUCGAUGCACACUUGCCUGCUUAUAACCGACUCAAGCAACUGAUUGAGAGCCAGAGCGGUUUUCUGCAGGUCUCACGUCAAUCGUGGGAUGAGAUUAACGAGCUGUGGCAGCGUCUGCAAUACCAGAUGAUGUACUGGCUCUGGCUAUUGGACGCCGAGCUGCCCGGCGAUUUUGGUGCUGUGGGCAAAUGGCUGGCCGAGGCCGAGAAAUUGCUCAUGGACAACGAUAUACCGAAUGCGAUGAAUGAGGAAACAGCUGCUGUGAUUAGUAGAAAGCUGGAGGAGCACAAGCUGUUCUUUGCCGAUCUGCCACGCAUUGUGGCCAUGUUCGACAAUGCCAAGCGCUCGCCGCUGGCCCAACAGGUGCCACUGGAGCAGCUGCGCAACAUGGAGCGUCGCCUGCAGGAGGUGGGCCCCAGGGCCGCGGAGCGCCGAAUUCGCAUGAAAUUCCUCGAGCACAAAUGUUGCCUGAUUGCCUUCCUCAAUUUGGUGGAGAACAAGAUGCGUGGCUGGACCGGCAAGUACGGGCCCGAGGAGAAGGUCGCCCACCAGCUGGAGCAAUACAAGAACUUCGUCUCACGCAACAAGAUCUUUCAGGAGUUCCAAAAGGCAUUCGUCGAUAUGCAACAAGUGGUCGAGGAGUAUAAACGUGACGGCAAUGUGGCCCGCAAGGACAUCAACGAAAUCGAUCGCUUUAUGUAUGAGACCGAGGAGCGCUGGAAGCGUGUCUCCAUGGAGCUGAAGUGUUGUCAAAAUUCCCUCGAGGAGGUAGUCAAUUGCUGGCGCAACUGGAAUCAAUUGGCGCCCAGCUGCGAGGAGUGGCUGUUGCUGGCCGAACAGAAACUGAAUCAGAGCGAAGACGAUCGUUUGGAGUUCUUCCAGGACAUAACUGUAUGGAAGGAUAAAUUCGAUGCUCUGGCCAAUGCUGCAAACUAUUUGAUUGCCUCCUGCGAGGAGCCAAUUGCUCAGCAGCUGCGUCAACGUCACGGCGCCCUAGCUGAGCGCUUCGAGCGUCUCUUCGCCAAUACCAAGCAAUAUAUGCAUGCUGGCGACAUCAUACGCUCACGCCAGGAAUACAAAUCUGGAAUUGAGAAGCUCUCAAAGUGGCUGCGUGGUGCCGAGAGCGUCUUGGAUCAGCGUCAAGUGCUGGGCAACAGCGAGCAAAUCCGUCGCUACGGCGAGCAGCUGCAGCAGCUGGCCAGCGAAAUCGACGACAACGAGGAACUAUUUAAGAACAUCAGUCGCACGUUCCAGUCGCUCAUUCAGGAUCUGUCGCGUGAUGAGGUCGACAAAAUGAUGAAGCUGCUCAAGCAGGAGAAGGAAUCGCUGGUGCGCAUACGCGCCCAACUGCCUGCCAAGCUGCAUCUGUUCCAUCAGCUGCAGAUACAGCAGGAGUCGCUGGAAGCGGGCCAAAAGGAAAUCCACCAAUGGCUAAACGAAGCCGAACAGCUGCUGGGCACCCACAAUCUGGCCGGAGGACGCGAAUCUGUCAAUGAGCAGCUGCACAAGCACAAGACCUACUUCUCGCGCACCGUCUACUACCGCUCCAUGCUGGAGAGCAAGAACAAGGUGUUCCAGAAUUUGGUUAAGGCUGUCUCGGCCGAUGAUAAAAUCGACACGGCCCCAGCCGCACAGCAAAUGCAACAGCUGAACGAACGCUUCAACUAUGUUAUACAGAAUGCCGGCAAAUGGGAGCAACGCUUGGAGGAUGCUGCCGGCGGCUGGAGCAAGUUCAAGGAUAACGAACGUGUUGUCAACGAAUGGCUGACACAGGCCGAGUCGAUGCUCGUGGAGAAGCACAUUGAAUCGAAGACAACAAUCGAGACUCAAAAGUAUUUCUUCGAACAAGUCAACGAUCGUUGGAUGAACGAUCUGGUGCAAUCGGCCCAGCAGCUACUGAACACUCUGCCCAGCCAGGAGCAACCGGCUGUGGUGCAAAGUGUGGAGCAGCUGCAGUCGCGCUGGAAGAAUGUGCUUGCCCAGGCGCCGCUGCAUCUGCUCAAGCUGGAAUUCCGUCUGGAUGAGAAUGCGUUCUAUCAGUCCCUGAAGGAUGUUGAGAAGGAGCUGCAGCUGGAGCAACAGGCUCUGAAUCGUAACGAGGAUGUCGAUUCGAUCCUGCAGCGCAAUCAGCAAUUCUUGGUGCAACAGGACACUGUGCCACGCCUGGAGAAAUGCCUGCAGAAUAUGCAGCGCUUGGCCCAGGCGCACAGGCAACAGCAGCCCGGGGACUUUAGUCUGGAUCAGGCCUACGAUAAUGCCAAGGCCCAGUGGCAAAUUAUGUCCAAUAAAUUGGCCGAUAUGCGCCAGACACUACAGCAAAUACCUGCUCAAUGGCAGGGCUAUCAUCUGAAGUUCGACGAGAUGAUCAACUGGAUGAACAGCGUGGAUCAGAGCCUUAAGAACAUUGUUAACGAGGUCAACACCAUGGAGGAGUUUGAAAAGGAGAAGGUCGUUUUCCAGAAAAUCUGCCAGGAUGCAGAUAACAAACGUGAGGACAUGAAGUGGCUGGUCAAAACGCUGGACUCUCUGCUCAGCUAUGCCACCGAAGACGAGGCAAAUCUGGAGCAAAAGAAGCUGGAAGAUCUAAUUGCACGCUACAAGAACCUUAUACCCACCAUUGAGAUAACAAUGGUCAAGACCGAGGUGUUCUCCAAAUGCUAUACAUAUCGUCGCGAAGUGCACGAAGUUGUUUGCCUGCUGACCAAGGUCAAGGAUCAAACGGCCAAUAUUCCAGCGCCCGAAAGUCUGGACCGUGUCAAUCGCCUAAUUGAGGAGCAACAGUAUGCCAUCAAUCAGCUCGAUCAUCAGCGGCCACACAUCAUGUCCAUGCUGCAACGUGGACGUGAUCUCAGCAAGGAUGUGCACGCGCCAGCCUUUGUCAAUGCCGAGGUGAAGAAUCUGGAGACCGGCUGGAAUCAAGCUUAUACCGAAACCGCAGAUAAGCUGCAAGCGCUCAAGGGCACUCAGGCAGUGUGGAGCGAGUUUGUCGACCAGAAGAACGAUAUCUUCUCCAUGCUGCAAACAGCUGAGACAGAGCUGCGCGCUCUUACCCCACUCCAGACGGAUCCCAAGAAUGUCAGCCAAGAUCUGAAGUCGAAACGUGAUCUGAAUGUGCAGCUGCAGCAGGCAUCGCAUCAAUUGUUGCCCAAGCUGCAUGCCCUGAAAUCGGAGCUCGCACCGCUAGCCGCUGCCGAUAAGCGUCCCAUUCUCGAGAAGGAGGUGACUGAGGUAGAGAAGAUGUUCUUCAAUACCAUGGAGCAUGUCAAGGAUCGUGUGGGCUACCUGGAGGACUACAGUGCCAAGUGGAACAACUACAAGACGCGUUUGGCCGAGCUGCAGGAAUGGGCCAACAAGGUGGCGCCCAAGAACAUUGAAGCCCUACAAUCCGAGGACCUGACGCCGGAGGAGCGCGUUGUCAAGGUGCAGUCCUUCAAGCGUGUGCUCGGCGAGCGCAUGAAACAGCUGGAUCUACUGGCCGCUGAUGCAUCGGAGCUGGCACCCAAAGAGGGCAACGUCGCUGAAGCGAAACGACUCAAGGGUGAAAUCUCCAAGCUGCAGGAAGUGCUCAGUGCCAUCAAUCGCAAUGUGGACCAUCAAGCACAGGCCGUGCAGGAGGAUCUGAUCAACUGGCAGCAAUUCCAGGCUGGAUUGCAACAGAUCAAGCCCGCUGUGGAGCAAAGCGAAGUCAAGGUAAAUAAUAUAGUUCCUAAACCUAUCACACUUGAUGAAGCCGUUGCCUUGCAACAAAAUGCCAAACAAUUUGAAACACACUGCCUGGAGCAAUUGGACAAACUCCAUGGCAUAUCAAACAUCAGUCAUAAAAUGUUAUGCAAAACCAAUGCCCCCGAUGAGUUAGAUGCCAUGCACUCCCGCUGGACAGCGGUCCAUGAAAACGCGAAACAGGCGAGCGCCAAGCUCGAAAAGCUCGUCGCCAAUUGGAAGUCCUUCGAUGGCGAUGCAGCCAAAUUGGAGGAUUGGAUUGAUCAGGGUGCACAGCAGAUGGGUAAGCGUCCGGCUGUGCUAAACACUCCGCACAUCGACAAGCUCGAAAAGGAGCUGGUCAAGCUAAAGUCCUUCAACAAUGAGAUAUCUCAGCAGCAGGCCAAGCUGGUCGCUCUUGGCCAAAAUGCCGAUCAAAUCAGUUUGCAUUUGGCGCCAGAGGGCGCUGUAGCUGUCAAGGAUCGCGUCAAUAAUAUGAAGGGUAAAUUGCAGAAGUUGUCAGAGGCCACACGCGGCAACAUCAACGAGGUCUCCGAUGCGAUUAUUUCGCGUCAAGACUUCAAUGCCAAAUUGGUCAACUUCUCCAACUGGAUGGAACAGUUGCGCAAUCAGGUUACACAGGUCGAGGAAAUCAAUCCGGAGCGUGUCGAGACCAGUUUGCAUGUCAUCCAUGCAUUGCUGCAGGAGCACGCCGACAAGAAGCCCAGUUUCAAUGCCAUUUAUGAUGAGGUCAAGCAACUGGCACUGGGCGCAACUCCAGAGGAGUCUAAUGCACUGAAUGAUGCGUAUACCGCUCUUGUGGUGAACUAUCAGAACUUGGAGUCGAACAUGCUGCAAAAGAAGGCCGCACUGGAGAAGUGGACCGAGCUUUUGGGCUGGAAACAUGAUACUGAAUCGCACUUGAACUACUUGAAGCAUCAAUUGGAAAAGCCCGAGGGACCCUCUGUUGAGGAGCUAAAGAAGGCCAUCGAUGAAAUCGAUCAUCUGGGUCAGGGUCUGAGCUACUGGAAGGGACAAGCCAAGGAAAUCGAUGAGAAUCCCGCCAUACAACUACGCGAUGCACUCUCUCGUCGACCACUGAUCGCCACACAGAUCGUUAAUGAUCUGGAAAACAAGUUGGAAAAUCUGAAACUCCGUUCGCAGAAUCAACAGCAACAGCUGCAGCAGAUGACUGUGCGCAAAGACAAGUUCCAUGCACUGGAGCACAACUUUGGUCAGGCACUGCAGGAGAAUCGUGAAAAGCUCGACCAAAUCCUCAAACAGCAUCCCAAUUUGAAUAACAUAGAUCAAAUCAUUGCCGAUCUUGUGGCGCUGAAUGAUGCGCUUAAAUAUCAGGCAGAUCUUAAGGAUCGCAUUCACGACGAGGGCUCUCUAUUGAUGCGUGAGGAUAUUGCCAGCAUGCCGGCCAUCCAGGAGAGCCUCCUGGUGCUGGAUAAGAACUACGAUUCGCUGCAAAAUGAAAUAGCUCAUCGCAUACAAAAAUAUAAUCUCAUCAGUCAGGCCUUGCGCGAGUACGCCGAGUCCAAGGACAAGUUCUCCAAGGAACUUAAAAAAGCUGAAGACUUGUUCAAUGCCAUACCCCAACAGCCAGGCGAUGAAACCGCCCUACAUCAGGCGUCUGAGAAGACGCGUAAGACUAUGGAGCAGCUGCGCAAAUCCAAGAUGAAUCUCGAUGAACUCGAACGCCGCGGCAACAAUGUGGCUAAAUUGUUCACAGCCAUUGGUGAGCCGGUGCCCCAAGAGGUGCAGCAAGAGGUUGCCGCUGCCAAGCAGCAAUGGCAGAACCUGCACGACAAGACGGCCAAGAACGCGCAUGUCUACGAGACUGAAGCAGUCAUUUGGUCUCAAAUUGAGGACGCUAAAAAGGAUCUGCUACCUUGGCUCUCGGAAACCAAUCAGGGUCUUUGCGAUGCUGCCGAUAAUUCAAUUGAAAUCGAGUUCGGACCUAUGCGCCUAAGCAAAUAUCGCAACGAGCUGCCGUCUUAUCAAGCCCUUAAGGAUACAAUCCUUGAGAAGACCAACGAUUUGAUCAAGAUCAACAAUGGACAAGAGAUACCCGCCUUGAGUACACUCAAUCAGCUGCUGGAUGAACAAUUUGCCGAGGUGAGCAACAAUGCCGAGCGCCUGAGCGCCGUCACCACAUCGUUUGCGGAUCAGGAACAGGAGCUACGCCGACGCAGCAAGGUAGCCGGCGAGCAGGUGAGCAAGCUGCGCGAACAGCUGAUCAAAUGCGACGAUAUGUCUGGCGAUAACAACAAGAUCAUGGAACGAUUGCUGCAAUGCCGUGCACUGCGCGCUCAACUGGAUCAAAGUGGCAACGAAAUCGAAAAUAUCAAACAAAAUGUGGAUGAACUGCGUAAUUUAUAUCCCACAUUCAAUGAGUCCAUCAUACCCAAGGAGCUGAACAAUGUGCAGAAACGGUACGAGGGCGUCGAUCUCUAUGCCAAGAAGAUUGAGAGUUCGUUGCUGCAGUUCCUCAAGAAGUUCCACGCGGACAAGGUGGGCAUGCUGAAGCGUCUGAUAGCCACACAACGCGAAAAGGUCGCAUGGUGUCAGCCCGAGUCGACAAGUGACAAAUACAAUCUGGAUGUAAAGAAGUCCUCGCUGCAGGAGGUCAGCAAGAGCAUUGACGACUGCAAGGCACGUCAUGCUGAAACGCUGAGAUCCCUCGAGAUGCUGAAGGCCGUGGAAACUCCAGAAAACCUGGCCGAGUUGAAUGCCGAUGCUGAGCUCAUGGGCAAGGAAAUGCAAGCGUUGCAGGAUAGCUUUGAUCGCAUCAAGGACAUCCUGGAUGAGAACGUGGAUCUCUGGACACAGUAUGAGCAAUCAAACGAGCAAAUCUCCAACUGGCUGCGUGAUGUAGAAGGUCGCGUUAAGGCGGAGACCAGCAGCCAGGUGAAUCUGCCCGAGGUUCCACAGAAGUUGCAGGAGCUGGCCAUACUACAGCAGGAUGUACUUGCCCAUGAGCCAAUCAUCAACAAUUUGGAGCGUACGUCACAGCAGCUGAUCGAAAAGAAUCCAGAGGCACGUAUUGGACAGUUCGUUACGCAUUUGGUGCAGCGCUACCAAACCGUUGCCAAGAGUCUUGGCGGACAUAUUGACAAAAUACGCAAUGCACAGCUAUCGAAUGCCAACUUUGCCAAGGCAUCGAAAGAUUUUAACGAAUGGUUCGGCGAUGCCAAGAUUGAGUUCCAGGAACUGGCGCGCAUGGGAUCUCCGGGCUCUUCGUCAGCUACGGCCCAACAAUUGCAGACCAUCAAGAACUAUCUGAAGACCUUCGACAAUGGUCAACUAUUGCUAAACAAUGCUGUCGAUAUUGGUGAGGGACUUUAUCCAGUCGUCUCGCCUGAGAAUCGCGAACGCAUUCGAGCGGAUCUACGUCAAAUGCGUGAGAAAUACGAUUAUUUGCGCGACGAGGCCAAUGCGUUGAUGCAGCAGGUUGAGGGGGUACUCAUACAAAAGACAUCCAUAGAAGAGAGUUAUACUCAGGUGUCGCACUACCUGAACGAGUCCAAGGCUAAGGUGACGGCAGCCGAUGAACUCUAUCCCACACUGGCAGCCAAGAAAGCAGCUCUUCAGAAUUAUAAAACGCAAUUGCAGGAAAUCACAUUGCACAAGAAUGCGCUGAAGCAGCUGCACGAUAAGGCGGUAACUUUAUGCGAUGAUGAAUCAGAGCGUAAAACGGAUGAGUCCAUUCAGGAAUAUAAUACGCUAUCAAAGCAGAUUUCGGAUCGCAUUAAUAUCGUAGGCAAUCAAGUGUCCCAGCACGAAGCUUAUGAUCAGGUGCUGGAGAAGGCGCAGGAUUGGCUCAACACCAUCAAAUCGGAGGCAAUCGAUAUUUUGAAUGAAACCACAUUCGAGAAGGAGGGCGCCGAGGAGAAAUUAAUUGUCGUUGAGAAUUUGCUGCAGCAUAAGCCCGAGGGUGAUUCCAUUUUCGAGACAUGCCACAAUCUGUUGCAGACGGUGCUGAAACAAACCCAUCCCAAUGGUCAUCCGGCGCUGCUAAAGGGCUUUGAGGAGCCGAAAAAUGCAUGGGAAGAGUUCAUGUCGCUCUGCCAGGACUCGCAAGUGAAGCUCAAGCAGCUCUGCUCCAAGUGGGAUGAGUUCGACUCUAUUAUCGAUGAGCUCGAUAAUUGGAUGAAGAAUGUUGAGGCUGUGGUAAAGAAUCAGAGUUUGAAGAGCACUGCCGAAGCUAAGAAUGCUCAUUUGAAGCAACUGCAAGAGAGUGCCAAGGAUAUUGAACGCCGCGGCGUAGCCAUAAAUCAACUGAUGGAUCAGGGACGCGAAAUUGAAGGGGAAACCGAUUUGAAUUUGAAACUUUCUCGCUUAAACACGCGCUAUCAGACACUGAAGAACCUGUGCAAGGAAUCCAUUGCCAAGUACGUAAACUACGUCAAGGAUCACGACAGCUUUGACGCGGACUAUGAUAAAUUUAAGCAGGAUUUGCAAAACUGCGCCAACGAGCUGGCGAAGACCAAUGAAAUCGUUGGUGAUCAGAGCGUAUUGCAGGAUCAGCAAAACAAAUUACGUGAAAUGUCUGACAAGCGCAUUGUAGACUCCACUGUGUUCGAGAGUCUGAUUGAUCGCGGUGAGAAGCUCUAUGGCCACACGAGUCCUGAGGGUCGUGAGAUCAUACGCCAACAGUUGCGCUCCCUGCGCACAUUGUGGGACAACUACACGGAUGAUCUGAACUCGGCUACGCAUAAGAUUGAUCAUUGUCUGCUGCAAUUCAAUGAGUUCACCAUAGCUCAAGAUCAGCUAACUAAGUGGCUCAAGGAUGUAGACAAGGCCAUGCAGAGCCAUACGGAACCGAAAACAACGCUCCAGGAGAAACGCGCUCAGCUGCAGAAUCACAAGCUUUUGCAUCAAGAGAUCACCACGCACAAUGUGCUCGUCGAUAAUGUAUGCGACAAGGCGCAAAUCUUAGUGGAUCAAAUAAAGGACAACUCCCUGAACGUUUAUCUGCAGUCGAUCAAGCAGCUAUUCCAGAACAUUGUGCAAAAGUCCGAUGAAAUACUGCAAAAUCUGGAGAGCUGCGUGCAGAAGCACAGCGAGUUAAAUAAUGCGUUGAGUUCUGCUAAGACUUGGAUCUCGAAUGAGAAGGCCAAACUCCUGGAGUGCGAUGAUUCCUACGGCGAAAAGGCAGAUAUAAAGCGUAAAAUUGAAACCCUUGGCCAAUUGGCACAAAAUAAACCCCAGGCGAUGAAACUAAUAAGCGAAAUACGUGCGCAAUUUGAGACCGUGAAACCCGCCACCUCCGAGAAGGGCAUUGAGGUGCUUGAGAAGGAAAUCGAUGAACUGGAAACAACAAUGAAGAGUCACUUUGAUGACAUCGAAGGCAUCGAGGGCAAGCAAAAGGAUGUACUCUCACAGUGGGAUACAUUUGAGCAGAAUCUGGAAGAGCUCACCAAAUGGUGUCGCAAUGCUGAGGCCGUGUUCCGUGAGCAGCAGCUGAAGUCAACGCUGCAUGAGAAGGUCGAGCAAAUGGAUAAAUACAAAAUACAGCGGGAGCUCAUACUGCAAAAAGAGAAGGAAAUCGACUCCUUUGGCGAUACGGCACAUGCCUUGCUCAACAACUGCGGUGCAGAUCGCCUGAAGACGUUGACAACGCAAAUCACAAAUCGUUAUCAACUGCUGCAGGUGUUGAGUAAAGAGGUGGUCAAUCGCUGGUCCAAUCUGGUGGACGAUCAUCAGUUCUAUCAGGACAAAUAUAACGAGGUGGACUUGUGGCUGCAGCCGAUUGAGACUCAGCUGGAAAAGGCACUCAAGGAUGAGCCCACACAAAGCUCCAAUAUACUGCAGGUAUUACUUUCGGAACGGGAGCAGGCCGAGAUCUUGUUUGGUGCAUUGAAUGCUGCCGGCGAAAAGGCUUUGCCCGAAACAUCUACCCAGGGCAGAGAGAAGAUUCGCAAGGACUUGCGUGACAUACGCGAUCGUUGGGAUAAGUUGGACGAAGGCAUUCGUAAUUUAGAGAAACGCCAAGAGGCACAAUCCGUUCAGUUAUCCAGCUACCAAGAUAUCCAGACUCAAACAGUCAACUGGUUGGAUCAGGUUGAAAAGUUGCUGCACAACGAGAACCCGGCGAGCUGGACCAGUGCACAGGAAAUUCGCUCCAAGCUGUAUAAAUACAAGGCGACCAAUCAGGACAUCAAUUCGCACAAGCGCAUUGUCGAGGCUGUCAAUGAGAAGGCAGCAGCUCUACUGAGUAGCGCCGCCCCAGCCAACGCUGAUGAGAUUGCCAAAUCUGUGGCUGAUAUUAACAAGCGGUAUGAACAAGUUGGCCAGGAUUGUUCUAAGCUGGUUGCAGAUCUCGAUGCCGCAUUCGAGGUAUAUCAGCAGUUCAGUGAGCUGCAGAAAGCACAACAGGAUUAUCAAAAGAACCUGUGGGAUCGUCUGACCGGCUACUCUGACUAUUCGGGCAAUAAGGCUGCAUUGCAAGCGCGUCUCCAAAAGAUCAAUGAAAUCCAGGAUGCUCUACCAGAGGGUGUUGCCAAGCUGAAAGCACUUGAGGAACACAUCGAGCAGCAUGCGGUCAGCAUACCUGCUCGAUCUAAGGAAGCCAUGACACGUGAUUUGGCCAAUUUGCAUGCUGAUUUCGAAAAGUUCGGUGGAUCGCUGAGCGAUGUGAAGAGCGGGCUAGAGAAUCGUUUGCAGCAAUGGAACGACUAUGAGAUCGAUUUGGAUCGCUUGAUCAACUGGCUGGGCGAAGCUGAAAAUACGCUCAAGAACUACAAUCUAAAGAACUCGUUUGAGGAAAAGGAGGAGCAGCUGAAUCGCUUCCAGUCUAUGGCUCAGACUCUGCGCCAGAACGAAGCGGACUUUGAGAAAAUGAAGGAUGACACCUCAGAGUUGGUGCAAAGUUCGGGUGAAACGAGAAUCGCUGUCAAUGUGCAACAAGUUUCAUCACGUUUCCAGUCCAUCCAAGCAACUGCAAAGGAAAUACUCAAGAAAUGCGAGCAAGCUGUUCAGGAUCAUUCCCAUUUCAACGAGAAGUACAAGCAAUGCGCUGACCUGUUGGCCAAUGCACAGGCACGCUACGAUGACUGCAGUGAUUUGUCUACGGUGGCAUCACGCGAUGAUCUGCUCAAGAAACAGCUGAUCAUCCAGGAGCUGCUGGCACAGCAGCCCACGGCAACCCAGCUGCUGAAUAGCACCGUGGAGCUGGGUGAAAAGUGCUAUAGCUCCACAGCCACCGAAGGACGUGAGGCCAUACGUAGCCAACUGAAUGAUCUUACCUUCGAUCAGCUGUUCGAUAAUAUUGCCAGUACUGCUCGCAAGAUACAGGAUAAGAUUGCCAAGUGGUCAGGCUUUGAUGAGACCGCUGACAGUCUGAAGAGCUGGCUAGACAAUGUGGAGCGCGAACUGCCAGCUGAGAUUGAGCUGAAGACCACGCUGGAUGAGAAACGCAACAAGCUGCAGGCCUAUCGUGAUGUGCUCAAUGAUAUCUCAUAUCAUCAAGUGGAAGUUGGCAAUCUGCAAGAGAUCGCAGCUAAUUUGCCCGAGAAAACUGAGCAUGUGGAUCAGAUUCUAAAGGAUAUCACAGAUCGUUUUGGCAAACUGCAAAAGCGCGCCCAAGGAUAUGUGGAACGGUAUGAGGGCAUUGUGAGUGCUCAUCAGCAAUACUCCAAGGCUGUCAUGGAUGCACAGGAGUUCAUUGAUGCCACUCUGAAUACUGUGCACUACUGGGGUGAUCUUGAUUUGGAGCAGACCUCUUUGCAUACCAAUCUAGAUCGGCUGAAGAACCUCAAGGCCAGUCUGGCCGACGAGUUUCCACGCGUGGAUCAAGUCCGUGCGCUGGGCGAGAAGGUGAUUCCCGGUACUGUUGAUGUGGGUCAAGUGAAUAUCAAAUCCCAGAUCGAUACAACUCAACAGGAAUGGGAAGGUCUGCUUGCAGCCAUCGGCUCAACUAUCGAAGCUAUUGAGGCACGCCUGCAACAGUGGUCGGAGUAUGAGCAGCUACGUGAUCAGUGCUUGGCCUGGAUUCGGGACACCGACAACGAGUUGCAUGCCAUCGAUCUCAAAGAGGAUCUGCCCAAGAAGCGUGCCCAAUUGGAUACGCUGAAGGCAUUGCAAGGUGAUGUGCGCGCCAAGGAAUUGGAAGUGGACAAUGUUACGGAGAAGGCGCAAACCUUGCUGAAGGGACCCAGCACAACUCGUUCGUCUGGCCCCGAAUUGGUCACCAAAUAUCAGCAAAUCUUCCACAAAGUCAAAGACUUGAAUAAUCGCUGGCAGCAAUAUGUUAGUUCACACGAAGACUUCGAUAACUCCAUCAGCGAGUGCGCAUCGUGGAUAAAUGGCAUUAAGGAGAAAUUGGACUACUGUUCGGACAUGUCGUCGAUGAGUCAAAAGGAACUAGACAAGAAACUGGCCACCAUCCAAGAUGUGAUUCUGCUCAAGGACGAGGGAUCUGCACGAGUGCUGAAAAUCCUAGAGCAGGCUCAGCACGUGCUCGCAAAUACCGCACCCAAUGGCCACGAGGCCAUUAACAAGGAGUUGUCAGAAUUGCAGGAUCUUUGGUCUGGCAUUGCUCUGCGUAUUAUGGACGUCAAGGCUAAUCUUGAUGAUUCCAUCACGCAAUGGUCUGGAUUCCUGGAUCAAGUACAAAAUGUGCGCAAGUUCAACGAAUGGCUGGAUGCAUUGCUCAAGGAAUUGGGUGAGCAUCAGACCACCAUGACUGAGAAACGCGCCCAGCUGGAUCGUGUCAAGUCCACAGAGGAGAAGGUUCGCGUGGAGAAAAUCGAUGUGGAUUCUCUGAAGAUUCAGGCUAAGGAAAUGAUUGCCAGCGGCCAACAGAGCCAAGCGGCAUUCCAGGCACAAAAAGUGUUGGACACAUUCGAUGAGCUGUUUGCCAAGACCCAGAAAUUGUUGUCGGAUCGCCAGGAUCAGUACAGAGAUCAUCGUCUAUUCAAGGAAGCGUACGAUGACCUUGUCAGCUGGAUAAGUCGAGCGCGUGAGAAAUUCCCCGCACUGAAACAGAGCAGCCUCAGCGACAAGCUGGCCAUUGAGAAUGCCGUGCAGGCCACCGAAGCUCUGCUCAAUAAACAGGCCCAGGGCGAACUUCUGGUUGAGCAUUUGGUGCACACUGGUGAGGUGGUUCUGGCAAGUACAUCGACGCAGGGCCAAGAGAUCAUACGCAAUGAUAUACGCGCACUACGUGAUAGCUUCGAAAGUUUGUUCCGUGAGAUCAAUCAGCAGAAAGAGAACUUGGAAGUUACCAUGGUGCAAUGGCGCGCAUAUAAAGAGGAGUAUGAACGUCUCAUGGAAUGGCUACAACAGAUCGAUAUACUUGUCAAGAACCAUAAGCUGAACCUCUGCCCCAAUCUGCCCGACAAGGAGAAACAGGUGGGCGAUAUGCGUGAGGUGAUGUCUCGCCUGGAAAAGGGCAAGGAUGACAUUGAUAAGUUCAAUGCCUCCGCUGCGGGUCUGCUCAAAUCGCAUCUGGAUAGCUAUGUGAACAAUCAGCUUAGACAUUUGGGCUCCAUGUAUCAGGUGCAGGUUAAUUUGGCCAAGGAUGUGCUGAAGAAGGUCGAAACGAAUCGCGACCAGCAUCGCGAAUACGAUGCGAAUAUGAAGUCGGCCAGGGAUUGGAUAGCGAAUGCCAAGCAAACUAUUCAAUCUGCUGGCGAUGGAGCUGGCUCGAAGGAGGCGCUUCAACGUCGCCUCGAGCAAAUCCAGGACUUGAUACGCAAUCGUGAAUAUGGUCAAAAUCUGGUGCACACAGCCAUCAAUAAUGGCGAGAAGAUUAUUCGUAAUACGCGCUCCGAUGGACGCGAUGCCAUCAACAGCGAAAUGAAGGAGCUGCAAACCGAUUGGGAUCGCUUGGUUAAGAAAAUGUCCACAGCCAAGGUGCAGCUGGAGACGAAUCUGUUGCAAUGGGCCGACUACAGCUCCAGCUAUACGCAGCUGCAGCAAUGGAUCACCGACCGAGAGGCCAAGCUGCAACAGGCGUGCGAGCAAAAGAUUAUCAAGUCGCAGCGUGGACAGCCAGGUCUCAGCAGUGGGCUGAGCGAACGCAAGGCCAAUCUGCGCCAGACCAACAACAUUGUCCAGGACAUUGUCUCGUUUGAGCCCAUGAUACAGUCGGUGACCUCGAAGGCCUCUGAUUUGCAACAGGGCGCACCGGCUACAGAAAUCUCCGAUAAGUACGAGAAUCUGACCAAACAGGCCAAGGAUCUGUAUGCCAAGCAAAAGAACACCAUUGAUAGCUACCAGGCGUUGAUCGAUGCCGGCAACGAAUUCGCCACUUGGUUACGCAAUGCCAAGGAAAGACUGAGCAAGUGCUCCGAGCCAACGGGCGAUAAGCAAGCCUUGGCCGAGAAGACGCAUCAGCUCAAGAUUCUGCAGGGUGAAGUGCCCGAGGGCUCCACAAAGCUACAAAAUGCAUUGGCUCAGGGUGAGAUUGCUUGCCGCACAGCAGAGCCCGAGGAUUGCGCAAUCAUUGAACAGGAAGUCGCACUUCUACAGGAGGAGUUCGAUGCCUAUGUGGAAGCACUGAACAAGGCCAAGGAUUACCUGGAAGUGGGCAUUGUCAAGUGGUCGGACUACCAAGAUCAGUAUACCGAGGCGCUCGAAUGGCUUACCAAGACGGAAGCCCUCGUACAGUCCUACAACAAGCUGCAGGACAGCCUGACCCAAAAGAAGGUGGUGCUCGAGCAAUUCCAAGGACAUCUACAAACUCUGUUCGACUGGCAGAAGACACUCGAUCAUCUGAACAUGAAGGCUCAGGUUCUGCUCGAGACCUGCUCCGACACUCGCAUCAGCAAUGCCAUCAUGCAGCUGACCACAAAAUACAACGCUUUGCUGACGCUGGCCAAGGAGGUUAUGCGACGCUUGGAGCUGCACUACCAGGAACAUCAACAACACCAUUCGCUCUACGAGGAAUGCCAGUCCUGGAUUGAGAAUACUCGCGAAAAGCUAGCCGAAUGCGAGCAAAUACCCGGCACAUUGAACGAGGUGCAAAUCAAAUUGAAUACGGUUAAGAAUUUGCGGCAAGGCUUUGAAACGGGACAGAACAAGCUGCGCUAUCUGCUGGAGCUUAAGGAGAAGGUCAUUAUGAACACCGAGCAGAAUGGCGCAGCUAAGAUUCAAGAGGAUACCGAAUCCCUCAAGCAGGACUUUGAUAAACUGCUUGUGGAUCUGAACGAUGUGCGCCAGAAGUUGGCCAAUCGCCUGUCCCAGCUGGAGGAGAUCUUCAAACUGUACAAGAUUCUGCUCGAGUGGCUGGAAGACAUUGAGCCCAGCGUCAAAGCCAGCGAGGAGUAUUUGAAUGACUUGAGCGAAAAGCGUGCAGCGCUGGAGAAAUUCCGCGUCACACAGCGCGACAUCAAUGGACACAACGACAUUGUGGAGAAGAUCAAUGUACGGCUGCGCGAGGACAAUAGCUUGGACAAGGAUGACUUUGCGGCUGGUCUGAACAAAUUCGAUGAGCUGCAAGCGCAAGUUAACAAGAUCAUCGAAUCGCUCGAGAACCAAGUGAACAAUCACGAGAAAUACAAGCAGGCCUACAAUGAGCUGCAGGACUGGCUCCGCCGCACACGCAUCGAGGUGGAGCAAUGCGCCGAUUGUCAUGGCGAAAAGGAUCAGGUGGAGGAGCGUCUGAAUCGCCUGGGCGAUCUACAGGCAGCCUCCAUGGAGGGCAAAUCACUGCUCGAUGCCUGCGAGGAGCUCAGCCAGGCGGUGAUCGCUACCAGUGGCAGCGAGGGUCAGGACAAUGUGGCCCAAGAGAUCAAGCACUUGAAUGGAGAAUGGGAAACGCUGCAGGCUCUAUCGCGAGAUGCGCGCAGCGGCCUGGAGACCUGUCUGGCCGCCUGGGAGACAUUCCUGCAAAAGUUCAACAAAAUCAAUUUGUGGAUUGUUACAAUGAGCAAGCGCGUUGCCAAAUCACAGGAAGCCGAUAAUAAAACCACCGAAGAUUUGGUCAAUGCCAAGAAACUGCUUGAUGAAGUGCUGGCUGAACGUGAAAAUGUCGAGGAUCUGAACGACAACUGUGAGCUGCUGAUGGAGCAAAGCGCCUGCACUCGCAUUCGUGAUCAAACCAUCGAGACUCAGGCCAAUUAUACGAAAUUGUUGACAUCCGCUCAAGGUCUGGUGGCCAAGAUCGAAAAGAAUCUGUCCGAUCAUACCGAGUUCCUCAACUACAAAAAGGAAAUGGACGCCUGGAUCGAGAAGGCAGAGCAAGUGCUUAACGACUGCAGCAUCGAUGGUGAUGCCUCAAUCAUUGCACAAAAAUUGGAGACAGUCAAUUCGCUGGCCUCCCAUUUGCCAGAGGGUCAACAUUUGCUGGUCAUGGUGCAGGAUGCCUACUCGAAGGCCUCGAAUAUAACACCCGAGGACAAGCAGGAGAAGUUACGUGAGCUGAUGACCAAGGUGAGAGAGGACUGGGAUGCCUUGGGCCUGGCUGUUAAACAGAAGCUAAGCGACUUGAAGCAUGCCCAAAAUCGUUGGAAUGAUUUCGCAGCCAAUAAGGAGAAACUCGAUAAAUGGCUAAUCGAAACCGAGAAGACCCUGAAGGUAGCGCCUGAGACAAAGGGCGAGCUGAGCGAGAUGAAAACGUUGCUCGAGCGCUACAAAACGCUCGGCAACGAGCUCAAGCAGAAGGGCAACGAUCUGGAGCAGCUGAUGUCGGAGGCACGUGACCUGGGCACUGAGGUGGAUGCCGUCAAUCGUUUGCAAUCACGCUGCGAUAAGCUGAAGAACGAUUGUGCUGGCUACAUCCGCGAUCUGGAGCAGGAGAUGCUCGACUAUAAUGGCUAUCACCAAAGUCUGCAGGACGUGGAGAAAUGGCUGCUGCAAAUCUCCUUCCAGCUGAUGGCUCACAAUUCGCUCUUCAUUUCGAAUCGUGAACAAACUCAGGAGCAAAUCAAACAGCACGAAGCGUUGCUGAGCGAGAUCCAAAAGUAUCAGACCAACUUGGAUGAUCUGAAUGCCAAGGGUCAGGCGCAGAUCAAGCGCUAUGAGCCCACGACGCCUGCCAUACGUCCGACUGUCGAGUCGCAGCUGAAGAACAUACAGGAGAGCUACAACUCGCUGCUGCAGACGUCGGUGCAGAUCAAGAAUCGUCUGCUCGAAUCGCUGGCCAAGUUCCAGGAGUAUGAGGAUACACUGGACAAUAUCAUGCGCAAUCUGGAGGCCUAUGAGCCCAUCAUACAAACCGAACUGGAUGCCCCGGCCACUAGCCUAGAGUUGGCACAGAAUCAACUCAAGUGCGCUCAGGAUAUGCAAAAUAAACUGAACAACGAGAAAUCCAGGCUGGCAGCGGCCGUGCAGGCCUGUGAAGCAGCCACAGCAUCUAUCAGCCGGCCCAGCUCGCCCCUGGAGACGGCCAUGCAUGCCAUACCCGAACGUGAACUGAUGGUGCGCGCCAAGCUUGAAGAUCUGCUGGAUCAGAAACCGCCGCCAAAGACUCAGAGCUCAACCGAGGAUGACAACGAUCUCGACGUUGAGCUCAGCGAUGUGAAUGAGGCGCUGUCGGAUCCGAUUGCUUACGAGCGUAUUCAAAACUAUCGUCGCAUAGUACAGCUGAAUAGCGCACACGUGAGCAAGCUGAAUGCACUCGCCGCUAAGGUGCAAUCCCACUUGGGUGGUCUGACUGCAUCCGUUAGCGAACUGGAGCAACAGCAGAAGCAGCGCGCCGAGCUGCAGGAUUGGGUUAAGAAACAACAGAGCUCCGUCUCCGAUUGGCUAAUGCGUCCGUGCAAGCUGCGCCCGGAGGCCGCGCAACAGGAGCUCGUUGCGAUGAAUGAUCUAUUGAACUCUAUUGGGGACAAGCGCUCCCAGCUGAUGCUCGAAAUGACAGGAUCAUUAGGCGAUGAGGACACCGAUCUGGAUGAUAACAUUGACAAGCUGGAAUCGGAGCUCAUGGAUGCCAUUGCCAAGAAGCAAGCGGGCCAAAAUGUCAUCGAUGGCUAUCGCCAGGGCAUGCAGGAUGUGCAGAACUGGUUCGAUACGCUGAUCAAGCGCAUGGAUGUGCUGGAUCGCGGCUCUGGUCUGAACUGUGCCCAGAAAAUGGCUGCCAUCAAUGAGAUUAAGAACGAAUACGAGCUGCAGGGGCAUCCGAAGAUACAAGAGCUGAAGGGCAAGGCCGCCCAGGUGGCUGAGGUCAUUAGCAAUCUGGAUGGUCAACAGGUGGAGGAGCAAAUGAAGUCGUUGGAUCGUCGUUUUGCCGAUCUGGGCAAACGCAUCGAUCGCAAGGCCCAGCUGCUGGAUGUGACCAACAAGGGCGUUGAUGGAGCCAAGGGUGAAAUCGAUCAGCUGCAGCAAUGGGUGAAGCAGCAAAUCGAGGAGCUGCAAGCGCCGGCUGCUCUGGGCUUUUCGCCCAAGGAUGCGGAGGCGCGCCAGCAGAAGAUCAAGAGUCUGAUGAAGGAUGCCGAGGCAAAGCAAUCGCUGGCCGAUGUGCUAGAGAAGCGCAUUGCCAACAUGCAACCCGAACUGGAGUCUGCGGAAUAUGCCCAGCUGGAGUCCGCGUUGCGUAAUCUGAAUAGCGAAAAUCGUAAUCUCGCUGGCGUUCUGAAGGCCGAGCUGGAUCGUGCGCUGGAGGCGAGCAAGGCGCGUAAAGCGCUCGAGAAUGAUCUGGACAAGGCGCGUCAAUGGCUGAAGGCCAAAAUCUCUGAGGUGCGCAAGCUGCCCGUCUAUCAUCCGCUUACCUCCGCUGAAAUCGAGAAGAAGAUCCAGGAGAACAAGAAGUACGACGACGAUGCCAAGCAAUUCAAUGACAGCGUCCUCACUGAUGUCCAGCGUCAAGCUGCCAACAUUAUGAAGGAUUGCGGGGAUGCAGACAAGGCAGCGCUGCAGCAAAUUCUGGAUGAAAUUGCCGCUGACUAUCGGACGUUGAAGGAUGAGAGCGGCAAGCGCGGCAAAUCCCUGGACGAUCUGUUGCAGGGACGCAAAGCCUUCGAGGACUCGAUGAAGAAGAUGGGCGACUGGUUGAACGAAAUGGAGACCGCAACCGAAAGUGAACUGCGCACCACCAGUCUGCCAGUGCUCGAGGAGCAGUUGGCGCACUACAAGAAACUCCUGCAGAAUGCCGAGAACAUGGGCGGCGUGAUCAACGAUGUGUCCGAGCAGGGCAAGAGCAUAUUGCCCACGCUGAGCAAUGCGGACAAGCUGAAGCUGAACGAUGACAUCAAGAACAUGAAGGAUCGCUAUGGCCGCAUCAAGCAGACAAUCGAUGAUCGUGCCAAUACGCUGGGCGACCACAUCAAGAAGUAUAAGGAUGCCAAGAACCGGUUGGCCGAUUGCAGUGAAUUCCUAAGCAGCAUACAGCAGCGCAUGAGAGAGCUGAAUCGGCCCAUUGGCUCCAGAAUUGAGGAUGUCCAGGAUCUGCUGGGUGCCUACGAAGGCAUACUGAAGGAGCUGAAGGAUAGCAAGCACAAAAUGGGCGACAUGCAAAUGGACGAUCUGCCCGAACUGCAGAGCAUCCUGGCCCAGCAGGACGAUAUGAUUAAGUUGAUUGAGGAUCAGUUGGCACAUCUGCGUCAGCUGUUGAUGCUGCGUGAGCAAUUCAUUGCGCUAAUCAACGAGAUCAUUGCCUUCAUUAUGAAGUACACGGAUGUCAUCAUUGACAUCGAGAACUCCCCGGACAGCCUCGAGGACAAGAUCAACAAAUACGACAAUGUCAUUGUCAAGAUACAGGAGUGCGAGGGCCUGUUGGCCUCGGCGAAUGAUAAGGGUCAGAAGAUCGCCUCCGAGGGCAAUGCUGCCGACAAGAACAGCAUCACGGAGCAGCUGCAAUCCUUGAAGAAUCAAUUGCAAAAUCUGCGCAAGGCCGUCGAGUCGCAGCGCCAGAAGCAUCAGCUCCAGCUCGAGUCCCACAAAAAGAUGGCUGCCGAGCUAAGCGAAAUACUGGACUGGCUGCACAACAACGAAGGCGUGGCCAAGUCCCGACCCCUGCUCGAUCGUGAUCCCGAGUCGGUGGAACGCGAACUGCAGAAGCAUCAUACACUCAGCAAGGAAAUUGAAUCCCAAUUGCAAAAGUUCAACAAAAUCAACGACAGCGUCAAGUCAGACGUGGGCAUGCCCAGCUCUCUGCUGGAGAUGCUCUCCGAGGGUCGUUCUCUGGUAGUCUCGCUGCCGCAUGAGCUGGAGGAGCGUGAGAAGUAUUUGAAGAACAAUCGUGACUCGCGUCUGGAGUAUAUGCAGCUGGUGGCCAAGUUCAACGAUUGGGUGCACGAGGCCGAGCUGCGUUUGCAGAACAGUCAGCAUGGAAUCGACUACGAGCACCUUGUAAACGACUUGGAGGAGCACAAGAUCUUCUUUGGCAACGAGGUGCCUAUACGCAAUCUGGUGCACAAGCAGAUUCAGGAAGCUUCCGACAAGAUUUGGUCCUCACUUAACAGCUAUGAGCAAUCCGAGCUGUCGGCCGAGCUCUCACAGUUCCAAACCAAACUGGCCAACAUAUUGGCCAAUGCCAAGACUCAGCAAAGCGAACUGGAGAGAGAGGCGGAACGCUGGCGUGAAUAUCAACAGUCCAUCGAUCGCGUCAAGGCCACCAUUGAGCGCACUAAAUUUAUCGAUGAGCCCGUCCAGAAUUUGGCCGGAUUGCACUUUAAUAUUCAGAAGCUGUCGCAUGCCAUUGGAAAUGUACAGAGCCAAAACAGUGACCUCUCGCUGGUGAAUCAGCAAGCGCAAUCUCUUAUACGCCAAGCGGACGCCCGCAAUCGCCAGUUGAUUGAGCAGGCGAACUCAGCGCUAAAUCGUGACUGGCAGGACCUGGUGCAUAGCCUGGAGCAGAGAAGGGAUAAGCUGCAACAGUUGGCCGAGCACUGGGAUAGCUUCGAGAACGGUCUGCACGGCUGGGAGAAGGCAUUAGGUCGCUUGGAGGAUAAGUUCCGCAAUGUCGACCCAACUGUAAGGUCGCGACGUCAUUUGGAAGAUACAAAGAAUGCCAUUCAGGAACUGCGUGAAGAAUCAAAUGAACUUAAAUCAUCACAUAAAGAAAUCGAAACGCUCUCAAAAUCCAUCCUCACAUUCCUUGGGGAAGUACACAAACCCUCGGCGGAGGCCAUACAGGCCAAAGUGGAUAAGUUAGUUGAACAGCAAGCAAAAUUGAACGACACGCUACGCGAGAAGGACCAACAGGCUAGCAGGGAUCUCGAGGAGAUCGAGCAAGUGUUCCGCCGCAUCUCACAGCUGCAGGACAAAUUGAACGCACUACACGAACAGCUUCAGGCCGUACACGUCUACGACGAGCACAUUGCCCAAACGGAACAGGCCCUCAUCAAACUCAAUAGUCAGGUGCAGCAGGCCGGCGAGGAGAGUCGCGCGCUUGUCGCGCAAACCCAAGCGCUCUAUCAGAACAAACAGAAUCAAUUGCCCAGUGAUAUUGCCCAGGAGUUUACCGCACUUGAGCUGCUAGCAGAACGCGUGCAGGUAACAAUGGAGACCAAAGAGAAGGAUUUCAAGCGCGCCAAGACCGUGCGCACUGACUAUUUGGCCGGUGUCGACGAGAUUCAGCGCUGGCUGCUGCAGGCCGAGGUGCAGGUGCAGGAGCGCACACUGGAGCCGACACAAAUGAAGGAGCUGCUGCAGCGCAUCAAUCACGAAAUCGGUGCCAUCUACGAACGCUUCACGCUGGUCAAGACCAACGGCCAGCUGAUCAUUGAGAAUUGUCGCAACAGCGAGGAGAAGACGCUGGUGCAGUCGACCAUUGAUCAGUUGGCCGCUCAGCUAGCCCAAGUGCGCGGCUGGCUGGACGAGAAGAAGCAGGCUGUGGGCGAUAGUUUGGAUGCUUGGACGCGUUUCAUGAAUCUGUACCAGAUUGUCAUGUCGUGGGUAGCGGACAAGCGUACGUUCAUCGAUCAAACCAUUGAGCUGCGCACGCUGCCCGAGGCGCGAUCCAAGCUGAAUGACUAUGUGACGGCUGUGAAGAGUAUUAAACCGAUUGUAAAGCAUUUGAGCGAAAUGGAUAAGGAACUGGAGCACAUUGGUCAAGUGACGACCGUGGGCGAUCUCAAGGACAAACUGCAGCAGGCCGAGGAUGCGAAGAUAGCCGUGGAAGCAGUGCUGCUGGAGAGGAACUCGCUGCUGCAGGAGGCCUGUGAAGAGUGGGAUCAAUGUGAGCGCAAGAUCAAGGAUAUUCGUGCCUGGCACGAGAAGACCAAACAGACCUUAGACUCCUCGCCACAGCAAAAGAAGCCGCUGCGCGAUCAGCUGGGCUACUGUGAAAAGACUCUGGCCGACAUAAAUGUGCAAAAAACCAAACUGAGAUUGUCUAUUGAAAAACUGGAGGUGCACUUCCGCAACGGCAUGGGCGGUGAUCCGCGCCUGAGCGAAAAUGUUGACGAUUUGGUGCGCGUGCUCGAUGGCCUCGGUGAACUGGUGAAGACCAAGUCACAGAGUCUCGAGCAGACGCUGGCCCAAAUCGAUGUCUAUCAACAGCAAAUGCAAACGCUCCGCCAGCGUAUUAUACAGGAGGAGCAGCAGCUGCGUCAGGUUAUGGCGCCCACGUACUUGCCGCACGAUCGUGAGCGCGCAUUAGCCGAGCAACAGGAUACCAUCACUCAAGAGCUCGACGAACUACUCCAAUCGCUCUCAACCAUCGAGGAUGGCAUUGGAAAUAUGAACCACAGCAGCUUGGAGGGCAUGCAACAGGGACUGAAGCUAAUCCAAAAGAAUCUGGAAGUACAUGAGAAGGAAGCCUUAAAACUCAAGGAUCAAGCUAAGACAUUGCCAACUGACCCAGGAACUGAGCGUUUGCUGAACGAGACAGUAGAUCGCAUCGAUCUACUGUUGAGGCGCACACAACAAGGCAUUUCCAUGAUAGCCAGCGCGAUGCAUGGUCAAAAGAAGCGCGAGGAGGAGAUCGACGAGUAUCAGAAGCAUUUGUUGGAGCUUGAGCGUUGGAUCAACGACGUCUCGGCCGAAUUGGCCUCGUUCGAGCCCACCCCAGAUAGCAGCACCGACGAGCAUGUGCUAAAGACACAGGUGGAGCGUAGUCAGCAAUUGCUGCGCACACUGAAGGAUCGACAGCAGUCCAUGGAUGAUUUGGUGGAGCAAACGCGUGAGCUGCAGACACACCCCGAUGUGGCGCCAUUGGCCGACACGCUGAUGGAACAGCUGCAGAGCAUCAUAAUCAUCUUGCGGGAGCAGAUCACCGUGGCCACAAAGCGCGUCUUCACCAUUGAGAAGCGCAUCGUGGACCUGCGCAAGGCCAAGCGAGAUGAGUCACAGCGUCAACGCGUGCUGGCCGAUGCACAAAUACUGGCACCAGUCAGUGUUAGCGCAGCGCCCGAAUCCAUCGAAUCCAAUGAGAAUACAAUUGACUCGAGCUCCAUGCCGGAGGAGGAGAUCAAGCCAACUGGUGUUUAUGUAGAGACACAAACAUCGCUGAGCUUCCAGCAGCAGCCGGAGCAACAACAGCCCCAGAUCGAAACGAGCAAUGUGGAGGCACAGACCAGCUUCCAAGAGCUUCCGCCGUUGGCUGCCAUCGAGACUGCAGAAGUCGCGCUGCAGACAAUCAAAGAACGUGCACCGACUGAAAACAUAAUGGUCACACAGACUGUGCAGGAUGGCCAGGAAACGAUACAGAUUGACACACAGCUCAACCGGAAUAUACCCGAAUCGCCGGAGGAUGUGGAAAUCGAGGCGCGUUACCAUCAACAGCCCAAGGGCUAUGUGGAUCGAGCCACAGAGCUGAUCAUGAAGAAUGUGCCACAGGCUUUCGAAACAACAUUUGUUGAGCCCGACGAAACCACAACCGAGGUGGUUGUGGGUGCCGAUGGCACCAAGCACAUUGUCGUGAAGAAAGUCACACGAACGCGUCAGCAAAUUGUGCAGCAGCAACAGAUUAGCUCCAUUGAGACAGUGAGCGAUGCUGACGGUAACAUUGAAGUGCAGUCAACCGGCCAGAUAAAUCUGGAGAAUGUGCAGACUACGGACACUGUGGCUGACCCAGACCAGAGUGCCUACCGCACCGUUGUCACGCAGCAAACGCGUGGCACGCUGCUGGAUGGCUCCCAGCCGGAGGCUGUGGUUGUCAGCGAAUUCGAGACGGAGCCGGUCAUAGAGAAAUACGAACAGCUACUGAGUCCCGAUGCGCAAGGCAACUUGCAGCCAUUCCGUGCAGCGGCCGGCGAGUCCACAGUUGAGGGCCGUCUAGGUGACAGCAGCAUACACACAGUUUUGCAGCAGGUGACUCGAAAGGUCAUACGCAAGACGCGUAAGAUAAUCAAGCGUGUGGUCAUCAUUGAUGGCAAGGAGCAUGUGACUGAGGAGGUGGUUGAGGAGCCCGAAGAGAUUGAGGUGACUGAGGAGGAGACAAUGCCGCAUGUCAGCGUGAACAUUGUGCGCACGGUGAAUGGCAAAGUGGUGAGCGAGGAGGAGUUCCAGAACAUGAUGCAGCAGCCAGGCGUAGUCAUCGAAGAAGUUGCAACGGAUCUGUCACAACAGACAGUUGAACCGCCGCAACAGGUAUUUGAUAUUGAGUCUAUCAACAUCUCCAACACCACCACCACAACCACACAAGAACAGACAUCACCAACAACAACAAAAACAACAACAACAACUGCAACUGCAAUUACAACAGAAACGACUAAAGCAGCACCUGUAGAAUUGCCAGCACCUCAAGUAGACAUUGAAGAAAUCGUAAAUGUUGAAACUAUCAGUCCCGUUAAUGUUGCAGAAUCUGCAGUAACAGUACCUCAAGAGCCCACAACCACUACUCAAGUAACCACGACUACCACCACCACCAAAACAAUAGCAACAACAUCAGACGGCCUGCCCGUUGUGGAAGAUAUUAAGGAAAUUUGGCCACAGGAGCACCAUUUGGUAUCCACAAAUAUAGACUUCUCCCAGCAUGUCGAAGAGGUGGCACCACCAGCAGCUCCCACCAGUCCAGAGACAUCAAUGCCUGCCGAAACCAUUUGGCCAACUAGUCCAGAGACUGGCAACUCCAUCUCACUGGAAUCGUAUGUGUUUGAGCCAACGAUCCAAACCGCUGUUAGCAUCAAAUCCGAGACAACAGAGGAAACACAAGAAAAGACUGAAAAGCAACCGGAAGACCCUCUACCUAAAUCCAAAACUGACAUAGAAGCCUUCCUUGCAGCUGAAAAAGCACAAGCUCUACCCGCCAUAAGCAAACCUGAAAUUCCCUCUACGCCGAUAGCUCAACAGGUUGAACCAGCAACUCAGCCAGAAACAAUUGUGGAACAAAUUCAGCCAGAAAUUGUUGAGGUAGUCGAAUCUGUGAUAGAAGUGCCUUCUAUUGAUAUUGCCGAAAAGGAGCUGGCGACGCCGCAAACCGAUAUAAAUGUGGCCACACAGCUAUUUAUUAUGGGCGAGGCAGCCGCCGCAGAUUCGCCGCGCAAGACCUAUCAGAUAACGGCGCCCUCUGUUGAGAGCACUGGAGCUAGUGUGCUCAAGGUUGCCAUGGCACCGACGGCAGAGCUUGAGGAAAGCAGUGCUACGACAACACCUGCUAAGGUAACCAUGACCAUUGUGGAGACUGUCACAACACCUGUAGACCAGGACGACGAUGCGUCGACGAAGCGAAGUCGAAAGAAAAAGAAGAGAAGAGAUGAGCCAGACGAAACGAUUGAGCAAAAGCAACCAGAGCCGUUGCCCGUUCCCACUCCCACUCCCGCUCCCGUUCCCGUUUCCGACAUUGAGCCGGAAUCUGUGCACGAAACAGGCUACGAGCCAGAGGAAAAGUCGGUGAGUGAGAAUGUUGAUGAGGAUUCGUCUGACUCGAAGAAGAAGCGUCGCAAGAAGAAGAAACAAAAGGAGAAAUCACAAGAAGAGGAAUCACAGGUGCCGCUCUCAUCCGAUCAUUCUCUGCGCGAUGGUGAUACGACCAGCAUGGAGUCCGAAGGUAAAUUACGUCACGAAGCAGUCGUGGAGAUCAGCACAGAGAGUGACUUAUCGAGCAUGGAUAUUGACCAGAGUGUCAAGGUGGUGGAAGACUCGAUCAUACCCUCACCCACAGAGCAGUCGCGUGAUCCAUUUACACACGUGGUUAUACCCACAGAGAUUGUAGAGCUGGCGGCUCUCGAAGAUGUGGAACAACAGACGACGCCACGUGUAGCCACGCCUCCUACAACUGCCACUGAACAGGAUAUGAAAUCUUCUCAGACAUCACCCCAGCACAUGCCUAAAUUGGAUGAGACAGCGGUACAAACGAGCAUCGAAGUGCAGCCGGCUAAUCAGGAGAGCGAAUCGCAGACCCUGAUUGUGGAAAUUACCGAAACCGAAGCACAGACAACGCCACGCAGCACUGAGCAGCCCGAUCCCAUUGAGACACUCAGCACGGAAAUGCAAACCGAUGAGAAUGGCCAGCCUCGACCAACAUUGGAAAUUUCCAGCCAAACCAUUGUGACAACCACCACCGAAAAGGAGCUGCAAACCACUCCAAAAGAUUCACCACGUUUGGCUGAAUCAAGCAGUGACCACAUCAUCCAGCCCCUAGUUACGGAAUUGGUUAAGGACAUGACCAUUGACUUGCCUGUGCCCACAAGGGAGCAGUCCACAUUCAUGGAGGAUACUGUCACCAAGGAGACUCAUAUGCAAACUAUAACGCCCGAGCCAACUGAAGUGGUGGCUAGUCAGCCUGAAGCUCCUGUCGAAGUCAGCGAUGUUCUUGUGCAGACAACGCCGCGUGAAGAGCAACAGCCGAUCUCCCUGGACGAUAACUCCUUGACAGCCACAUCGAUAUCUGAACCCUACGAACUGGAGGUGCGAACCACAGUGGCCAUUCCCGCGGAUUCGGAUACGUCUGUGGUGGAGCCAACGCUGUACGAAUAUACGCAAACAAUGCAGCUGCCCAAGCCCGAGAGGAAAAAGAAGAGCAAGGGCAGGCCCGUGCCACAGCCAACUCCAGCGCAGGAUUCACAGAUCAGUGUAAGCGUCGAAAUCGCACCCGAGCUGUUGGGCGAAUCUGGCAUUGUGCUUUCGACCAACCAGCAAAUUGAAGAGGUGCCACAUUUGCCGCCAGUGCCGGACUUUGAGCCCACUGAAGCAGAUCAGCAGAAGCCACCGCAGCGCGUGCAAUUGCAGAUCACAAAGACCACGGUAUACGAUGAAUUCCCCGACUUGCCGGUGCACAUUGUUGAGCAGAACAAGGUGAGCAUUGCCGCGCAGCAGCAGAGCGGCAAGCCACGCGGUGGGCCGACAUCUUCGGUGACCAUUGAGGAAGUCGCCUCACCCACCGAGGAGCUAGUGGUGCCCAUAACGCCAGGCCCAGAUAAUCUGAACGAACAGAAUGUCUGGAUAGCUGCAACGGGCACCACAACUAUGGAUCGCACUCCCAUUCAAGCCUCUCAGGACCUCAUCAUGAGCGAAGGCUUACAGCUGUAUCCGGGAACACAAACACAGUUGGCCAAGGAGGCGAUUGGCACUCGCAUCAAGCAAUUGAAGGAGACGACGCCACAGCAGCCAACGCCGCUUACCGAUGUCCUGCACUUGGCCACACUGUCCGAGCAGAUCAAGCAGCUGCCCACCUAUCAGCGUAUGGAAGAGGUCAACGAGGGAUUGAAGGAUUUGGAUGAGGCAAUACGCAAAGGCGAUAAGACUGUUAUCCACACCACGGUCAUCACAGUCAUUGAGAAAGUCUCUACCUGGCUCGAAACUAUCGAGUAUCGUGUCUAUCUCAUACGUCAAAACUCCAAUGAAGGUCCAUCAGAGCAGAAACUGGACAACUACAAGGAGCUGAACAAAGAGCUGUCCACAAUCAAGGCGAAUGUCAGUCAUCUCGAGGGACAGCUGGCCCGGACGGAGAAACCGACGCAGGCGGAGCUGUCUGAGUGCGUGGACACGCUCAAGGAGCACAUCGAUGCAGUGGAACAGGUGACACAACAGAACCAGGCCCAGGACAUCAAGGAUCUGGAGAAGUGGCAGAACUUUGAGCUACUCUACAGAGAAGUCACCACAUUGCUGGAUUUCCUCCAGGAACGCUACGAGCUGGCAAUCAGUGAGGAGCAUCCGCUGUCCAGAAAACUGGCGCUGCUCGAUGACCUCGAGCAGAAUCAUGUGGCUGGCCAAGAGCAGCUGAGUCAACUGAUGCAGACGGCACGCUUCUUCCAGCGUGAUUUCCCCAACAAGAAAAUACCACAGGAUGUGUACAGCACGUAUGAGAAGAGCAAGAAUAUUGGCAACAACAUCGAAGCGGAACGUGAACGACUCCUUCAGCUGUUGUUGCUGGCCGAGGAGUACGAGCAGACGCUGAAGAAGUUCACCAAUAUCACGGUGCUGGCCGACAAGAUGAUGGAGAGCCCCAUUGUGUCCAGCUCCCUGGAGCAGUUGAACAACGAGGUGCAGAAGCAACGCAAGUUCUUCGUCAAUCUGAGCCACUGUCGCGCCAUGCUGGAGUCGCUCGAGGAGAACAUUGAUAGCGAGACGCGUGAGAAGCACUCGGAGCUGCACAAACAGCUCUACCAGAAGGCCACGCAGCUGCUGGAGCGUGCUUCGGAGCGUUGCUCGAAACUGGUCCAAGCCGCCUCGCGCUGGACCGUGCUGGAGCGGGGCAUGCGCGACGAGCUGCAAUGGCUGCAGGUGGCCCAACAGCGUGUGCCAGAUCUUUCGGCGGUUACAUCCGCCGACUAUGAUCAAUAUGCCACGCUCUACCAAUCCCUGAGCAACGACAUCUCGCACCACUAUGUCAAGAUGACGCAGCUGUCGGGCAUAGCCAACAAGAUGCAGCUACUGGUGCAGGCGCCCAAUCUGGUCGAGGAAACCAACGAUGCCUUGAUUGUGCUGCUGAAGCUGCGCGAGGAGGUGGCGCUCUAUUUGCACCGCCUGCUCGUCUUCAAGGAGAUCUGGGUGCAGUACGAACAGCAGACCGAGAAAAUGGAGGCAUUCGUGCGCGAAGCAGAACAGGAACUGCGCCAGAUCCAAAUACCAAAACAGCCCACUGAGCAGCCCAUUCCGCAUAUCAGGCAAUUCUGGGAGAUUAAGGCCCGCUUCGAGCUGCACAACAACAUACGGAACGAUGCAGGCCAUAGUCUGGAGAAAUCCCUGCAAGUGAUACCGCUGGCCGACGAGAUGUUGCAGCGACAGUUCCACGCACAGCUCGAGGAUCGCUGGCAGGGAGUGGCCCAGGCCAUCGAGCAAAUACAACGCAACAUUGUGGACUGCCUCUCCUCGGAGGAUAUGGCCGCCGACGAGAAACUCAAGCUGGUGGAACGUGAGCUGCAGGAAAUCUACCUGACCAUGACCAGCAUGAAGGGCGUCAUCAAGAACGAGGAGGAGCUCUGCCUGUACAUCGAGCGUGUCCAGGUGCUGCGCACACGCGUUGGCUUCAUUGGCAACGAGCUGGGCCGCAUUGGCCUCCAGGAGCCCACAAUUGAGCCAGAAAAAGUGGGUGAACUGUUCGCGCUCUCGCACAAGAUAACGACACAAAUAACCGAGGAGCUGGAGUUCGCAUCGGUACUGCGGGAUCAGCUGCAGGCCAUCCACGAGGGCAUCAGCAAUCAGCGCAAGCAUCAGGCCAAGAUCUCAGUCAUCCUGGAUGAAUGUGAGGCCGCUGAGCGCCAAGGCGCCGACGUUAUCGAAAAGGCCGUCGCCGAUUGCCAGGGCGCAGGCGAGGAGCUCGUUGGCAGCUGGCAGGAGAUAAUGCGCAUACGCCAAAUGCUCCAUACGCUGCCUAUGCGCCUGAAGAUGUCCGUGUCGCCGGUGAAGCUGGAACGUGACAUUUCUCAGCUGCAGGACGAUCACGCCUUCCUUGAGAGCAAGUGCACCAAUAUUAUGGCCAUUCUACGUAAUCGUCUGGCGCUUUGGCUACGCUACGAGCGCCAGCUGGAGCUAGUGCAUGGCUCUGUCCAGGAGACCGACUUCAUGAUGGAACUGAUACGUGUACACGGCCAGGUUGACUACGAGCGCCUACGCAAGGCCACCGAGAGAUUGGAGGGCCUUGCGGGCGAUCUGCAUAGUCGGGAGCAGCUGCUGGACGAGCUUAAGGGCGCCGCCAAGCCGCUGAUCGAAAGCUGUGAUGUGCAGAUAGUGGAGCAAAUUGAAUCAUCCGUACAGGAUGCGGUAGUCGCCUGGAAUGAUACCACCGAGAAUCUGCAACAGCUUUGCACACGCUACCAGCGAGCCGUUGAGCUCUGGGACAAGUACCGGAACGCCUCAGCAGCGGUCAAGAACUGCAUUGAACAGCAAAUGGACAGCGUCAAGUCGUUGGAGCAACCCGUGGAAACCAUGCAACAUGCCAAGGUCUGCCAGGAGAAUCUUAGCACACAGAAUGAUCGCCUGUUGGAGCUGCGCGAUAUUGUGGCCAAAAUCGCCGCCGAUGUGGGUCUGGAUGCCUCCUCGCUGAUGCAAGGCGAGCUGGAUGCGCUGGGUCAGCGUUUGGCCGAGUGCAAGGAUGCCAUAACGGCGCUGGCGAAUGUGGCCGAGACGCAGGACAAGGAGCGCAAGGAGCUCGACAAGGAGGUGACACAGGCCAAGGUUUACUUCAACAAUGUGCAGCAGGACAUUUCGCGUGGCGAGCCACAGACGCCCAAGGAAAGCGAGGAGCAGUUGGCCGCGCUGCGUGCCCAUCUGCAGACGCUGGCGCGCACCGAGGAGCAGCUGCGUCAGCUGCGCGAACGCCAGCAGAACAACAAUGAGCUGGCGAGUCCCGUGGCGGCGGCAGUGGCCGACGACAGCAUCUUGGAGGUGCUGGCCAUGUGGCAGAAGAUAUUCCAGGACACCUUCCAGGAGUACCACCGGCUGUCCACGCGCCUGGCCCGCACCCAGAACAGUUCGGAGGCGCUGCGUCUGUGGCGCCAGUACCUGCAGCAUGUGCAAUCCUUCCUGGCCUGCGCCAUACCCGAGGACUACAGCAGCCUGCGCGAGCAGCAGCAGCUCUGUGCCAUACACCAGAACCUGCUGAUCUCGCAGCAGAGCGUGCUGGCCGAGACCCCGCUCGAGUCGGAGCUGUCGGAGCAGUACAAGGCGCUGACCAACCUGCACAAUGAGACCCUCUCGCGCAUCAUGCAGCGCAAUGGCGAGCUGGAGCGCCGGGUCAGUGGCUGGAAUGCGUACCGCCAGCAGCUGGCUGCCUUACUGGACUGGCUGCGCCAGCGUGAGGCGGAGCGCAAUGCUCUGCAGCUGCGCUACAUCCACCUGAAGCGAGUGCCGCACCUGAAGGCGCGCCUCGACGCGCUGCUGCUGCAGCUGACGCGCGGCGAGCAGCAGAGCGCAGCGCUGAAGGCGCAGCAGCAGCAGCUGCUGCAGUACUGCGACGAUGCACUGGCCACGGCCAUGCGCAUGGAGCAGGCGAGCAUCAAUCAGCGCAUCAGCAAUCUGCGCGCCGCCCUCGAGACCUGGCAGAACUUCCUCAAGCGCAUCAAGCAGCUGGCGGACUCGUAUGAGCUGCGCGUGCAACAGCUGCAGGCGGAGUUCGGCAAGGUGCAACAGCUGCUGGACAGGAGCUCAGGUGAUUCACUGCCCACAACACCCACCGAAAUUGAGGAGCGUCUGGCUGCACUGAGGGCACAGCGUGUCCAACUGGGCGCCCAGACGCCCCUGCUGGAGAGCCUGACGGUUAGCCAGGAGGAGCUGAAGGAGUGCAUCAGCCCGCACGACAUGAAGGCCAUACGCCAGCGCAGUUUCCUGCUCUCUCAGCAGCAUGCCGACCUGGACUAUCAGCUCGCCGUGCUCAUCAAUGCCAUCGAGGAGCGGCUCUCGCUGCUCUCCAACUACCAGACGCGCUACGGACGUAUCUCGGACUGGCUGCGCAGCCUGGAGGAGCGUGUGGAGCGAGACGGUGAUGUGACCGCCAUGGCCAAUCCCGAGCAGGCAGCCAAGCAGCUGGAGCAGCAGAUCAACGGUGAGCUGCAGCUGCGCGACAAGGAGCGCGAAUGGCUGCUAUCCACGAGCCGGGAGCUGCAGACGCUCUAUGCGGAUGCCACGCCCCAGGCGCAACAGGUGCGCACACAGGUGCAGCAGCAGAGCGACGCACUGAUCGACCGCUGGAAUCGGCUGAAGUUCAUGUGCAAGCAGCGUGCCACCAAGAUUGGCGAGCUGAAGCAGACGCUGCUUCGGCUGGAGGAGCGCAUUGCGCUGAUACGCACCUGGCUGUUCGAGGUGGAGUCGCAGCUGGACAAGCCGCUCAGCUUCGAUAGCUACACGCCAAAUGUGAUCAAGGCCAAGCUGAGCGAGCACGAGAAGAUCCAGCGCUCCAUUGAGAAUCAUAGCAGCAAUGUGGGCGAGGUGCUCAACCUGGUCGAAAUGAUGCUCAACGAUGCGGACAGCUGGCGCACCCAGGUGAACACCACGGGCCUGGCCUCGUCCGCCCAGAAUCUGGAGCAGCGCUGGAAGAACGUGUGCAGCCAGUCGGCGCAGCGCAAGACCCGCAUCCUGGACACAUGGAACGCCCUGCAGGAGCUGAUCAAGCUGACCACCGAGCACAAGAAUUGGCUGGCCAAGCAGGAGGCGCAAAUGUUGGUGUUCGAGCGCGAACAGAAAUACGCAAGCAAACAGAAAUUGGAGGAGCGACAGCAGGCGCUGCGCGCCAAGCUGGAGGAACUGGACGCCGAGUCGAUUAAUCUGCGUAAGCUGGAGCAAACCUAUGCCCGGCUCACUAUGAGUCCCGGCGUGGAGCCCGAGAACAUACAGAAGCUGACGAUGCCCACCAAGGUGAUGCUGAGCAAGUGGCGUAUGUUGACGCCGCGCUGCCACGCCCAGCUGGACGCCAUUGACAAGGACGCCAAGCUGAUGCGUGACUUCAACACGGCUCACCUUGAACUGACCAAAUCCCUGGUUAGCAUACAGAAGGCACUCGAACAGGUGCCCAGCGCUGAGGAUCAGCUGGCAGAUAGCAACGAGCCGAAGGCUGUGCUCCAGCGCCUGGAUGGACUAGAGCGCAAGCUGCAGCAGGCCGAGCAACAGGUGGAGCAGGCCAAUGCCCUUGGCAAGGAGGCCGAGGUGCGCUCCAAACAGCAGCCGUCGCAGCUGAAGCAUCUGCUCAAGCUGAUUGCCGAAUACACAACGCUCUGGCAGACGGUGCAGACGACGCUGACCACGCAGAAGAUGAGCUGGCUGGCGCGUGCCACCAGAGAAGGAGUUGCGCUUGCGGCUGGAGCUGGUGCUGCAUUGCCCGUCAACGAAUCGCAUGCCAGUGUCCAGGUGAACACGCUGUCCCAGCGCAAGCUGCACCAGGCCCAACUGCAGCGCGAGACCUCAAUCACGGCCAAGGAUGCGUACGUCAUGGAGCUGCAGACGGCGAUUAUCGAGUGCCAGAACAAUCUGGAGGAGCUGCAGCGCACCAUCGUAGACAAGACGCGCAAGCCGGGUCCCCAGAAGAUUGCCAAGCUGUUGGGCAACGCCCAGUCAUCCACGGAGCUAGUGAAGCAUCUCAGUCAUCUGCUGCUCACCGAGUGCCAGGCGGACAACGAAGCUGCCCAAGUGGAUGUCGUGUCAGAGCUAGCGUUGCGCUUCGAUACCCUGCAGUCGCAGUGGAAGGCGCGCCAACAGCACGAUCAAAAUGCAAGUGAGGUCGGCCGGCUAACGUGUCCGCUCUGCACGCAGCGCAAUUGGCAGCAGAUCGACAACGAUCUGUGGCGCCUGGAGCAGUGGCUGCUGUUCGCCGAGAGCACACAGAAAGCACAGACUAGCCCGCCCUCGAACAUUGAGCUGCUGGAGGAUGUGACACAGGAUCAUCGCGAGUUCCUGCUGGAUCUGGAGAGUCACAAGUCGAUCAUCUCAUCGCUGAAUGUUGUGGGCGACCAUCUGGCCACCCACACCAUGGACACGGAGAAGGCGCGACAGCUGCGCUCCCGCCUCGAGGCGGACAACGAGCGCUGGAACAAUGUGUGCAUCAAUGCCACCAAAUGGCAGGGUCUCCUUCAGACGGCCCUUAUGGGCAACAGCGAGUUCCAUCAGACCAUCGAUGAGCUGGUCGAUUGGCUGCAGCGCACCGAGAAGAACAUCAAGGCCUCAGAGCCGGUCGAUCUGACCGAAGAGCGCAGCGUGCUCGAGGCCAAGUUCAACAAGUUCAAGGACCUGCGCGCCGAACUCGAGCGCUGUGAGCCUCGUGUCGUCAGCCUACAGGAUGCCGCCGAUCAGCUGCUGCGAGCCGUCGAGGGAUCCGAGGAGCAGUCGCAACACACCUACGAAAGAACACUUUCCAGGCUAACCGAUCUUCGACUGCGGCUGCAAUCCCUGCGCCGUCUAUCCGGCAUCUACAUCGUCAAGCUCGGCGCCGUCCUCGGCUACGAGGGCGACAACCUGGGCGUGCCGCUCCAAAUGUUGUCAAAUGAGCUUUUGGAUAAUACUACAUUAUCAACCUCUUCUAUGCAGGCCGCCGCACCCAACACAGAAAAUGCAAAUCGCAGCGAUGGCGAUGCUGCCGAUGGCGAUGUCAUCAAUACCACGGUUCUGGCUCGAGGUGCACGAUUCCUCGGGCGCGUUGCACGUGCCUCGCUGCCCAUACAGGCGCUCAUGCUGCUGCUUUUAGGUGUGGCAACACUGGUGCCCCACGGUGAGGACUACACCUGCAUGUUCUCCAACACCUUCGCUCGGAGUCUGGAACCAAUGCUAUCCUAUCCGCAUGGCCCGCCGCCAACGUAAGCCCUGAUGGCGUUGUCAAUUGGAUUAGUGCAAAAUAAAUUCAGGGUCAAAACAUCCAUCUCUCCCCAACUGUGAACAGUUAAGAUAGAAACCAAAUGUAAUUAGAGCACACAAUCCAAUUACCCCCACCCAACCCCCAGUUCCCACAACAACACGAAUAUGCCUUUAAAAUUGAUUUAAAAAAAGAACAAAAACCAGAGACAACAGAGAAGAAAUAACAAACAAAAAAAAUAAUAUUAAUAUUGAAAGAAAAACACAGUAUACCAUAUUAUUGUAUGUAAGCGAAAAUGUUUGUAAACAAAAUUCUUGUACAAGAUAUAAGGCAACCGAUCCAACCCGAUCGCGUGUGUUAAGUCAUGUAAAUUUUUGUAAUUUUCCACAAAAUGAAACUAAUUGUAUGUAUAUUAUUUUUGGUAGCUAGACAGUCGAAACAUGCCGAAAUAAAUAUGUACAGAAUGUAAACUGAACCCUACUCGACGAGCAUAAAGCAAGAAACAUUUGAUAAAAAGUAAAAAGAGAAAACAAAAUAAGAAAACUAACGAUACAUAACGAAAUACUUUUACAAGAAACAAAAGAAAAAUACAUAUAUUAACGAUAUAUACAUUAUACAUAUAUAUUUGCACAGCAAACAUUUAUAUAUAUAUACUAUAUAAACCUAUGCCCAAAAUUAUAAUGCCCAACAUUUUGUAUAUAAAAACUAAGCUGAUAAAAAUUAAAACGAAAGCAAAAAAAACAAAAAAAUACGCACACACGAAAAUAUGCAACGAGUAGCGCACGCCUCUCCACAGUCCCAGAACCAUUGUGGGCGUGGUCGGACGAAUAUCGUGGAACAUGUUCGCCCGGCCCGGCCAGUGGACGGCAACCUUUAAGACAAACCAUGACCCACAUAGACCAAAUUGCCCAGUGCGUGAAUCAAGAGUCGAACUAUGCCUCCAGUCAGCUGUCACAUUCAUCUCCCAAAUUCUGGAUGUGACUGCUGCGCUGGGGCUGUGUCUUGACUCUUGCUUCGCUCACUGGGCACUAGAUGACCUCAAGCUGUCUGGUGAUAGACGCUGCCUGGAGCCAAGCUCUCUCCCACGGCUCCAGAGCAGCGGCUCUGCAGUUUUUAGCACCCGCCACAGGUGUCGCUGCAGAAUCCUCAACUAACCAUCUCGCAGCCAAGGCUCUAAAACCUCAAAGCAUUCCUAAAACUCAUUUCCAAAAUUUUUACCAUAGACAGAUCGAAAAUCGAAAAACAAGUCCACUAGCUGUUGCCCCUCUGUAGUUGGCCUGGAGAAGCGUGCGCGAAAGGCGCAAAACGAAGCAAGUGUCCUAUGCCGGUGCUAAACCAAAUUAAAAAACAAUUUUCUUGAAAAAAAAAGAUAAUAAUAAAAAACUGACAAAUUGCGUAUUAAGAAGGUU